AUGGAGAAGGAACUGUGUGUAUUCAGCCAAACAAUAGAAGAUAACAGAGACAGGUUGGAAUUAGACAGAAACAGAGAACGAGUGGAAGCAAUGAACAGUGAAUCAAUCAUUGCUGAGCAUCGUUACAACGGGGAUAUUGAAAAAGGCACUUUUAAAACUGUAGAACAACUACACAUGGGUGAAAUGAACGUAAAAUGUAAACAUUGCAAUGCAGAAAGGUUCAAAUAUGAAACAGGAAGGGUGGCAAAUAAUUGCUGUCAUGGAGGAAAAAUAACAUUACCACCAUUAACGGAAUAUCCUGAUGUACUUCAACGUCUGCGAGAAGGGAAUGACGAAGUAUCAAGACACUUCAGACAACAUAUACGAUCAUAUAAUGACGCGUUUGCGUUUGCAUCAUUUAAUUGUACCGUGGCAGAUAUGGGGAAUUCAGGACCAUAUGUAAUGAAAAUAAUCGGGGAUGUGAGUUACAAAAUAUCUACAAGUUUAGAGACCGCAAACAAUAACCGACCGAGAUAUGGACAAAUUUACAUCUACGACGUACAAACUCAGCUAGCGCUGAGAGAAAAUGAUGCAAGAAGAGCAAAUCUGUUAGAAAUUAUUGGUAGACUGAUAAUAGAUAUCAAUCCUUAUGCAGCAAAUUUUAAAACAACGUACGAGCGAUUUGUUAAGGGAGAAAGCCUGGUGAGAUUAAACUUUAUAGCACUCAAGGAAGACGAUAAACGGCGGUACAAUGCGCCAACUUGUGGUGAGCUAGCAGCUCUGAUCGUUUCAGAUGACGGGGCAGUAUCUGAAAAUAUAGAAGUACAAGUAUUUCCAAAACAAGACCGUGCAGUUGGAUAUGUGCCGAGAUAUUCGCAUCACGUUGAUCCAAUGACUUUUCCAUUACUAUUUCCGAGCGGUGAUUUAGGAUGGAGCUAUAAUAUGAAACACGUAGGAACAAACAAGAAAAUCUCUCCUGUUCAAUAUUAUGGACAUCGAUUGGCCUUACGUCGAGGCGAAGCACAGAAUCAGUUGUUGCGGAGCGGACGAUUGACACAACACUAUGUGAUUCACGCAUAUCUCACAAUUGAAUCGCAGCGUUUAUUGUUUUUAAGAAAUAAUCAGAAGCAAUUGCGUGUAGAAUGUUACAAAGGAAUGACUGAUCACAUAUCAAAUAGUGAAGCGAAUACGUCGGAUCGAACAAGACUUGGGAACCAAAUGAUUUUACCAUCAUCAUUUUCCGGCAGCAUGCGACAUAUGCAACAGCAGUACCAAGAUGCAAUGGCAAUAACAAGGAAAGUUGGACGACCGGAUUUAUUUAUUACAAUGACAUGUAAUCCUAAAUGGCCGGAAAUAUGUACGGUAUUGAAAGAUUUUCCUACAGGUACCACUGUAAAUGACAUACCAACAAUAGCUUGUCGAAUAUUCAACAUGCGGCUACAACAGGCACUAAAGGAAAUCGAAAGCGGUUCAGUAUUUGGAAAGAUUGAAGGAUACGUAUACACAGUUGAAUUUCAGAAAAGAGGCUUACCGCAUGCUCACAUACUAUUUAUCUUAAAUAACAAUGACAAACUUUUGACUCCAGAAGCAAUUGACAGUUUUAUAUCUGCAGAAAUACCAGACAAACGAAUACAUCAACAACUAUAUCAAUCUGUCACAUCACACAUGCUACACGGCCCUCACACAUCCAAAAUACCAUGCUGGAAUUCGGUAACGAAGUCAUGCUCAAAGAAAUUUCCGAAAGACUUAGUGGAAAAUACUGAUAUAAGCGGUGGCGGUUUUCCAAAGUAUCGCAGACGAAAAAAUACAGACAUAAAUUAUUACCGCAACCGCGUGGAAGGAAGAAAUAUCCAAGUAGACAACAGCAUGGUUGUGCCUCACAAUCCAUACCUACUUGCAAAGUACGACUGCCACAUGAACGUAGAAUAUUGUGCGUCAAUAAUGGCUAUUAAAUAUGUCUUCAAGUACAUCCACAAGGGACAUGAUCGUGCAAGAGUACAGAUAACUGAUUCAAACAGCGAGAGUGAUGGUCAGCCAAUAAUCAACGAAAUACAGGAUUAUGUAGAUUCGCGUUACGUAGGACCGAUGGAAGCAGCUUGGCGUAUACUAGAACUGCCAAUGCAUGGACGAAGUCAUGCCGUCACACGCUUACCUGUACACCUACCGGGGCAGCAAUACGCAACGUUUGAGGAAGGUAGAGAAGUCGAAGCCGCUACAAAUGAAAAAAAGUGGAGAACCCAUCUUAUUGCAUGGUUUGAAUUGAACAGCAUAGAUGAAAUGGCAAGAAAUAUAACUUACGCGAACACGCCAGAUUACUAUUCGUUUCAAGAAGCAACAAAAACGUGGAAAAAAAGAAAAUAUGCAUGUCAAGUAGUUAGUAGAAUGACAAAUGUUUCACCAAGGGAUUCCGAAAGAUUUCACCUCAAACUAAUCCUUGGACAUGCGACAAAUGCAAGGAGUUUUAUAGAUUUACGCACUGUAAACGGGAAGGAAUGGAAUACAUUUAGAGAGGCUGCAGUGGAUAUGGGUUUAACUGCGACAAAUGACGAAGCUUUCAAAAUAUUCGACGAAGCUGUUUCAAUACUUAUGCCGAAACGGUUACGUCAUUUUUUUGUGUGGUAUUUAAUCGGUGAAAUGCCAUCGAACGCGAUAGAUUUAUGGAAUACUUACAAGAAAGCACUAUCUGAAGACUUCGUAGAUCAGCAUGAAAAUAGAGCACUAUGUGCAAUUGAGCAUCUUCUCAGAGCUGAGGCAAGAUCAUGUGCAGAUUUUUACUUACCAAUACCGGAGAUAAUUUUCGAAAAUGAAGCGGAAGAAAUAACAGUGGAAAAUAUAGAAACCUUUGCAAAGAAAGGCAAUGAACUGGUGAAGCAAUUAAACAACGAUCAGAAAAUAAUUUAUACACAAAUUUUUGAUAAUAUUAUGGAUAACAAAAGUACUGAUAGAAAGCAGGAAAAAUGCUUUUACGUCGAUGGAUCAGGAGGAACAGGAAAAACAUUUUUAUACAACGCAUUGUACUACAUGUUGAAAUCUGAAAAAAAAAAUGUUGCAUGUGUUGCUUGGACAGGUAUAGCAGCCAUCUUACUACCAUAUGGCACAACCGCGCACAAAACAUUUGGAUUACCAUUGACACUGCAAAAGGAAGGAACAAUUUUCACAAAUGCAACGAUGAAGAAAAAAAUACAAAGUAUAGAUGUAUUUAUAUGGGAUGAAUGUUCGAUGAUACCGAAAAUUGCUUUAGAAUUGAUCGACAGAACGUUAAAAGAUAUAAUGGAAGACGCAUCACCGUUUGGUGGGAAGACUAUAAUACUAGGUGGAGACUUCAGACAAGUUUUACCCAUUGUGAAACGAGGAGGUAAUGGAGAAGUGGAGUUGUUUGUACCAGAGAAAGAAAUACAAAGCAACAAUUUAAUAGACGAUUUAUAUCCAAGAAAUUUGCCACUUGAUGAAUUAACAAACAGAGCCAUCUUAGCUCCAUUGAAUGUCGAAGUUAAUCAGUUAAAUACAGAGAUACUACGCAGAAUGGAUGGCAAUAUAUUCGAAUCAAAAAGCAUAGAUUACGCAACAUUACAAGGAAUUGAUACUGCAGAUGCAGCACUUGACGAAGAAGCUACUCUGCGAUAUCCGAUAGAGUAUUUAAAUGGAUUAACGCCAUCAGGUUUACCACCACACAAUCUACAGCUGAAAGUCGGAGCAAUUGUGAUGUCAUUGCGAAAUUUAUCAAUAUCAGAUGGUUUAUGCAAUGGAACACGGUUAGUUCUGCUUCAAGAACAACAAGAACAACGGAAGCGAGAAGGGGAGGCUCGAGAGCGUUUCGAGACUAGUCUUCAUGAACUGCUCCGGACGACUGUGGUGGCUCUUCAGUCCGUUCAUCAGAUGAGCGGCACUGGAGGACCAGCUGUAACACCGCAGGGUUCCAGAGUUGUUACUCCGCUUCCCUCUCCUGUUCCCUCUCCUGUUCCCGUUCCUACUGUUCAGGAGGUUCAACAUCCAGGUCGAUUCCAGGAUGUUCCUGAAUCAAGGAUUUCCUGA